AUGCACCACAAAAGAAUAAGUCACCUAGAUAUUGUCCCACACUAAUGUUGCUAUAAAAUUCAUGAGCUACCAUCUAUUCUUACAUCAACCAACAACACCAUCUAAUCUAAUCUAUUCUUCAUCUUCUUUUUCUUCCAUCUCAAUUCUCAAUUCAACAAAUUCAUACCAAGAAAUGGAGAAUUCAUUGGUGAACCAUGAAACUGAGCUGAAUCUCAAGGCUACAGAAUUAAGGUUGGGAUUACCCGGCUGUGAUGAGGUGAACAAACUUCAAUGCAAUUUCUCUAUUCUUAGAAGCAACAAGAGAUCUUCAUCAGAAAUCAGUACUGAGGUAGAUUCCAUGAGCAAAAGCAAAUUGAAUACUUCUAAUGGUUCUGAAAUCACAAGUCAUGAUGAUCAAGACAAUGCUCCACCUUCAAAGGCACAAAUAGUGGGAUGGCCACCAAUUAGAUCUUAUAGAAAGAAUAAUUUGCAACAAAAGAAAGGUGAAUCAGAAGUUGGGAUGUAUGUGAAAGUGAGUAUGGCUGGUGCACCUUAUUUAAGGAAAAUAGAUCUCAAAUUUUACAAGAGUUACUCAGAACUUCUCAAGGUUUUGGAAAAUAUGUUCAAGUGUACAUUUGGUGAAUAUUCAGAAAGAGAAGGUUAUAAUGGAUCUGAAUUUGUUCCAACUUAUGAAGACAAAGAUGGUGAUUGGAUGCUUAUUGGAGAUGUUCCUUGGGAAAUGUUCAUGUCUUCUUGCAAAAGGUUGAGAAUUAUGAAAGGAUCAGAAGCAAAAGGAUUGGGUUGUUUUUGAACCAAAAAAGCAAAGGAUGCCAUUCGAGAAUUUCCUAUAUUGUCCUCUCAAAGUCACAGAGGCAUAUUUAGCUGAUUGAAAAGAUAGACACAUAGAAACUUGUAUUUUUUGUUUUAUUGUUUUUAUUUUUAUUUCCAAGGCUAGUUGCCUCUGCUUCAUGAAGUAUAAAUUCUCUUCUAAAUCAUGGAUGCAAGAAUCGGAGACAAUAAGAAGCAAAUGAUAUUUUAAUUGUACAUAUACACAUAUAAUAUAUACAUAAUAUUACUUCAUUUUGUCCUA